AUGGAGACAGCCAGGAGCUCUGCGAUCACAGGCGCUGUGUCCGCGUGGCCUGCGCAGGAGGCCUUUGUCACGGCCCCUUUACUUUCCCAGGAUGCGCGAAGGCAUGCCGCCGGUCAGCGACUGGACUGCUCAUGUAGCUAUUUCUGGUCCAAGCUCGCUGCCCAACGUGGUGCCAUGCUGCGGCUGCAAAGCGCAGCUCGGGAUUCCCUGUGCCUCUGCGGCCGGCAAACGAAAAAGCUGGGUAGUGUCCUGUGGUCGAGGCCUUUCAGCGACAGCAAUGAUUCGGACGUGUCGAUGCAGCAAAAGGUCAUUUUCACGGCGAAGAAGCCAGAAAAACCGGCUGAAGACACGAAGAAGGCCAUCAGACAUGCCACAAUGCUGAUGGCUGGCGGCAUGGGCUCAGCAUUCAUGGGAAUGGCACCAUUCGCCAGUCCCAAUUUCUUCAUGAUAGGUUUGCUGGCGGCCAUGGUCCAAGUGCACUUCGGCUAUGGGUACAUGCAGCGGAUAUACUGGACACAGCGGAGGCGAUACGUUCUGAAGAUGGAGAGAACGGAGGAUGCCAAUGGUGUCGUCACAGUCACGGUGAACUGCGAUGCCGGCGUCACAAGAAAAUUCCAGCUGACCGAUGAGGCCCCGGCUGACGCAAAACCUUCUUUGAAGGAGAUCAUAGAGAAGGGCGGCACCUUCAUGUUCAUAGACAGGAAGGCAGGCGAAAUCCAGGAUCCAGAGAUGCUGGACACACUCCUCCAGUCUGACCGCGGAAUUCGAAACGAAGAGGUGACAGCAGAGCCUGUGAUGGAGGAGACGAAGGAACAGUCGCUCCAGAUCGUCCAGAAGUUCAAGGACUUAAAUCGAGAGCACCUUGACAAGAUCCCGGAGCAGGACAACAAGACUUCACCACAGGAGGGCCUGCGCCAGCUGGAGAGGACGGCACAAAUGGUCGGUUCUGGCUGCAUGGUCGGUGGAAUCCUGAUCUGGGUGCUGGGCGAUUGGAGUGCACAAGCUGCCAUCCGAGCUGCUUCAGAAAACUACAAACCUCAAGCAACAUUGUCACCGGAGGGGUCGGAUCCUCCGCAGACGCGCGGCACCUAUUCCCGGGCAGUGCAAUGA